UCUAUUUGUUUAUGACACUGUAGGAAACCGAAGCAUGGCGGGUACCUUAUCAUUGGUGAUGUUGUUUGGAGUGGUUGGGGUAUUGGUGGCUUCUAAGACGGAGCGGGCGGUGCAGGUGCCCUGUGAGUCAGUCCAGUACACCAAGGGUGGAGAGUGCUGCGAGGUGUGCCCACCUGGAGAGGGGGUGGUGAGGAGGUGUGGUGCCAACCAGACCGUCUGCGCCCAGUGCCUAGACAGUGAGACCUACUCAGAGAGCUACAGCCACACAGACACCUGUAUCCCCUGCACCAUGUGUACAGGAUUGAUGCGCAUGCAGACGCCCUGCACUGACUCCAACAAUGCCAUCUGCGUGUGUGACUACAACUACUACCUGAAUGAGGUGUCUGGGCGCUGCGAGCCCUGCACGGUGUGCCCGGCGGGCCAGGGCGUGUUGGCACACUGCGAGGUCAACCACGACACGGUGUGUGAGGAGUGUAUAGACGACACCUACUCCGACCGGGACAGCUCCCUAGACCCCUGCCUGCCCUGCACCAUAUGUGAUGAGGGCAUCGAGGUGGAGCUGAGCGCCUGCACCCCCGUCAGCGACUCCCUCUGCCACAAUCCUCUCUUCCCGUCCUACACGUCUCCCACCUUUCCCCCGGACCGGUCUUCCCCCUCUUUCACAGACAUCUUCCCACCAGACAGCUCCAGCAGCCCCUCCCCGGGGGGAGAGAGCACCACGGCCCAGCCCAGCCCUCACUUCAUCAGAUCGGGCUUCAACGAGAACCUCAUCCCCAUCUACUGCUCCAUCCUGGCUGCUGUGGUGGUGGGGCUGGUGGCCUACAUCGUCUUCAAAAGGUGGAACAGCUGCAAGCAGAACAAACAGCCGGCUAACAACCACCAAGCCACAGCAGCCAAUCAAACGGUGACGCCGGAGGGGGAGAAGCUGCACAGCGACAGCGGCAUCUCAGUGGACAGCCAGAGUCUGCAGGAGCAGCAGCAUGCAGCCCAGGCCCAGGUCCAGACACAGAGACAGGAACAGAUAGGUGAGCUCCCAUAA